AUGUCAUAUCCCGACGAGAAACCACCCGGUGUGGAGGGUAUUGAGGAUAUUGCGGAGCGCGUCAGCACCGAAGAUGAAGAGUUUACGCCAGAGGAGCAAAAGAAGAUCAUCCGUCGAAUCGACUUGCGCUUGGUCACUAUGACCGGUCUCGCCUACUGUAUUUCGCUCAUGGAUCGGACGAAUCUAAGCAUGGCUGCCAUCGCUGGUCUGAAGAAAGAAUUGGCCUUGAGUGUCGGCAAUCGCUAUUCAAUUGUGGUCUUGAUGUUCUUCGUUCCCUAUGUUAUUUUCCAACCUCCCAUGACAAUCAUCAUUCGCAAAGUCGGACCAACCCUCUUCCUCGGAACCAUCGUUAUGACCUGGGCUGUGAUCAUGAUUGGCACAGGGUUCGUGAAAAACUGGGGCCAAUUAGUCGGCCUUCGCGUUCUCCUCGGUAUCUUAGAAGCAGGCUAUUUCCCAGGCUGUGUAUACCUCCUCUCAUGCUGGUACACCCGCUACGACGUCCAAAAACGCUUCUCGAUCUUCUACCUCAUCGGCUGCGUCGCCUCUGCCCUGGCUGGCAUCCUAGCCUUUGGCCUCAUGCAACUCAAUGGCACUAAUGGUCUGAGCGGCUGGCGCUGGAUCUUCAUCCUCGAAGGCGUGAUAACCGGGUGCAUUGGAAUCCUCUGUUUCAUCUUCCUAGUCGACUUCCCAGACCGAGCAUCCAAAUCUUGGAACUUCCUCUCGGCGCGCGAAUGCGCCUACAUCGUCCGACGAAUCAACGAUGACCGCAAAGACGGGAACCUGGAAGCAUUCUCUCUACGCAAAUUCCUCCGACCCGCACUCGACCUGAAGAUCUGGGGGUUCGCGAUGAUCUUCUUCUGUCUUACAACAGUGACGUAUGCGAUCGCGUACUUCUUACCGACGAUCUUGAUGGAAGGCAUGGGAUUCGGCGUCGGCGAGGCUCAGUGUCUUGUUGCGCCGCCUUAUGUGUUUGCCGGUAUUGUCAUGUACUGCACUGCGUGGAUUGGAGAUCGGUAUCACGUGCGCGGAGUGAUAAUUGUGGGCAACGCAUUGCUUUGUAUUAUUGGGUUGCCGAUGAUGGGGUUCGCGACGGGAGAUGCGACGCGGUAUGCGGGUGUGUUCUUCACGGUUGCGGGUGCGAAUGCGAACAUCCCGAGUUGUAUGGCUUAUCAGGCGAAUAAUGUGCGUGGGCAGUGGACCAGGGCGUUUAGCUCGGCAACGCUUGUGGGCUUUGGCGGGAUCGGAGGCAUUGUUAGUAGUCUUGUGUUUCGGGAGCAGGAUGCGCCUGGGUAUCGGCCGGGCAUGUAUGCCGCGCUCGCGUGCAACAUUUUGAUAGUCAUCAUCGUUGGGGCGCUGAGUUUGUGGUUCUGGUUCUGCAACCGACAGGCUGAGAAGGGCGAGCGGGUGAUUGAGGAUGAGCCGAGCUUCCGAUAUACUAUCUAG